AACGGAAUUCCAAACACACUCUCUUUUCAUUUAUGCUUAUUUCUUUCUCUUCCUUCCAGCUUAGCCUAAGUAUCGGAAACAUACACAUUGAAAUAUUCAGAUGCACGCUCAUCAUUCACCUUCAUUCUUCCGUUUUCAUUCUCUCCAUUCGACACACACUUGUUUUCCUUCAAUAGUCCCAAGCAAACAAACACCCGUUCUUGACAAGCUAUCCAGAUUUUCAUCUUUUCAUCUCAUUCAUUCAACAAGUAUUGUCUACGAAAAUGAAUUUGUUGAAAGAGCCAACUAGGACCGAUUAUGAGGAUUGGGUUGAGUCUUUUAAGAAAAUGAAAGUCUUGGAAAAACCAACUAGAACUAGUACCAAUUAUGAUGACUGGAUUGAAUCUGAAGAGAAAAUCAAAGUCUUGGAAAAACCAACUAAUACUGAUUAUGAAGAUUGGGUUGAGUCUCUGAAACAUUUCCUUAGCGUGUCUAAAGUGGACAUGGCUCUCACUGAGGACGAGCCUGCCAAACCAACUGACACAUCUUCCGAUGCUGACAAGUUAAAGCAUGACAAGUGGCUACACUCUGACAGAAUAUGUUUGAUCACUAUGAAGCGGUAUAUGGAUCCAAAAAUGCUGAAAUACUUCAAUGCUCUUUGUGAUAUUGAAAAUGCCAAAGAGUUUCUUGAAGCUGUUGGUAAGAGAAUUCGUGAAUUGGUCAAACGGAGAAACAGAAGAAAAAAGAAUGACCGAGAGAAACGUCACAUUUGGGAUUAGGGCUACUGUGGAAGUUGAGAGCAUAUACGAGUUGUUUUCUUGUAAUGGUCACCUGCAG